AUGGACACUGCUCGACGCUCCUCGAGGGCCGCUCGGUCGAGUCAACCCGCGCCAUCUAACUCACAUCACUCCUCCGCAUCCUCCAACUCUUCUGGUCGUGCUGAGAGAGCUACUCGUUCACAUCAGAAAACAGAAUCUCCCCGAAAGUCUACUCCUACAGGGUCGCUAUCCUCAGAACCGCUCGAGGAAGCUGUCGCGACACCCGUGGAGGACGCUAUCCAGACACGACGAAAGCGCGGCCGCGCUGAAGACAAGGACAAACCUACGAAAGCGCAAGCAAUAGAAAUAGAGACUACGAAUGGCAAUGACGAAGGUGCGGAAGACGAUGAGGCGGUUCGCUGCAUUUGCGGCUUUGACGAAUACCCCGGCCCUCCACAGCUCGGCGACGAAGACAGCAAGAACGGCAUAAAAGAUGGCAUUGAGGAACCCAUAAUCUCAGUUGCAGACAUUACUGAGGACGGGGCUGGAUUCUUUUUACAAUGCGACGUGUGUAAAGUGUGGCAGCACGGAUACUGUGUUGGAAUUAUGAAUGAGGACAUGAGCCCCGAGGAAUACUUUUGCGAAGAAUGUCGGAAAGAUUUGCAUAGGAUAUUCGCAGCGCCGAAUGGCCAGCGAUAUUCGCAUUACCUACCACUCUACCAAAGUCUAUCUCGAACAACAUCGCGAGCGGCCUCCUUUUCAAAGGAUGGCACAAGAUCUCCUCGAGGCAGUAAAAGCGGGCGUCCCUCUUCUAGCCUCCAAAGCGCAAAACGAAGAUCUACGAUGAAUAGCCGAGAUGCUGCAUAUGAUGAGGAAGAACAGUUACGAAGGGCAAUUGAAGCGAGUAAAGGGGAGAAGAGUGGUGAAAGCACAGAUGGAGGGACUAUAAGGCGGGGCAAACGAGGCCGCAGCGAUAGCGAGGAGAAGCAGGAAGGACCCAAACGGCAAAGAACACAGUCCGCAUCUCCGUCACCACCUCAAGAACAGAACGACACCCCACAAGCAGACUCUGACGAUGGCACAAACGGGCGAGUGCCUGGACCUAAGAAGAUCAGAGGCGCGGCUGCUCGUAAUCACAGGGAGAAGGAGAUGAGAGAAGAGAAGGAGAAAAUACGACAAGAGGCUGCAAGCAAAAGAAAGGGGCGGGCAGAACGAAGGAGGCUUGAUGGUGAGCUUGUGUCGCAACACUAUGAUGAGACAUGUACUUACAAUGGGGAACUAGAUUCAGAUCCCUCAGAGGAGAUACCGCUUGCAUCGCGGAUUUCCACAACUAAAGCUGUGGUAGAAACACCAAUUCAGCCUCUGGACCCGCCGCAACCUUUCAAUCCUGCGAUCCCUGACACACCGCCAGCAGUACAACCACCAGUAUCACAUAAAAAGGGAGGAAGGCCUCCCAACUCGCGAAAAGGAAAGUUGGGAAAGAAUCAAUACACGAAAGAUCGCGAUCUACAAGAAGGAAGUAACCCGUCUCCUCAGAGAUCGCAGUCCAGGGACGUCCCAAGAGCCGAGGAGAGUAGCAAUGGGAUCAUGACCAAAAGUUCGCAUCAUGAGGGGAAGGCGUCAAAGUCGAAAAUACCGGGAAGCAAGAUAUCAAUGGCAGAUGCAAGAAAGCGAGUAGGAAGUAUUCUUGAUUAUAUCUCCCGGACGCAAUUGGAAAUGGCAGGCGAAUCGGUAUCACCUAUUACUACGGAUUCCGCCGAGAAGACCAUUCGUGGUGUUGCAGACGGGCUUCCUAUGAUAAAAGUCAACGGGAAAAGCGGCACCGAAGAUGGGGCUGAAGAAGCCUCGAAAAAGGAAUUUGAGGAUCUCAGUUGCGUAGAAAUGAUGGACAAUCUCACAAGGCAAUUGGUGAAAUGGCAAAAGGAGCAUUCUUGA